CUGGUGUUCAGGGGUUGGAGAGACCGUCGUUUCCAGCGAGCAGCAGAAGUCAGCACCAACGGUGACCUCUGGACGCGCAUCGGGCACGCCAUCGCACCGCGAGAACACGGAGCGGACAUCGUGAACCUCUUCCACAUCAACAGCCACCUCACCUGGGAGGAGGCCCAAGCCAAGGGCUUCCCACACCACGCGUGGCUCGGCAACCAGCAUGCCGAUCGACUGGCAGAGCAAGCAGCCCACGACCACGACAUCGACGACAACCAGAUGGACCUAUACGACUGGGCCAACGCCACUGCAGCCCUCGUCAGACGGCGCAUCGCAGCUGCCACAGUCGACGCCACAGACCGUCGCCCCUCCGACGGCAGGGCGAUCCGCGAAGCGCGACAGGAGCAGAGGGUCGGCCGCGACACCGACUACGCCACGGUCCAGCACUGGUUCCAACAAGGCUGCCAAGGCCCACCUCUGCGACACAGCACAGGCAUCGCGCAGCACGGAACGGCAGCGCGCGACAGCCACCCGAUGGUCUUCCUACGCAAAGAGGCGCGCUGGUUCUGCAGGCUAUGCGGGGCCUCGACUACAGAGUACAUCUCCGAGAAGCUCCAGGGGGGGUGUCUACAGAGACCUGGGUACAACAGCAUCAAGUACAAGCUCAAGCACUGGCUCGAGCGAGCUGCGGAAGAAGCGGCUACGACCCCACAGGACGCGACGCACAGCACGAGCAGCCCACCUGACACUCUCGACACGGAUGAGCGCAACAACCAGCACGACGAUCUCCGAGACGACCUGCGGCACGACAGACCCGACGUGACCGACAGCAGCUCGGAAAACAGCCAGCGGGCACGCACCACGCCGCCUCCCACGAGGACGGCAGUGAGUACCGACCCGCCUGGCACCUCGUCGCCUGCGGUCCACCGACACGAGCAACAGAGACUGGAGACGACCGGCCAGCCCAACGACAAACAGCAGCACCACGACCAAGCGACGAACGCCGAGUCGACCUGCAGCACGACG